UUUUACUUCAUCAGGUCAUGUUGCUAAAGAGAUUUCAUUUAGUUGCAGAUGUGUGUGAUUGAUAUCUUCGUUUCCCCUAUUUUUCCCUCCAGGCUUUUGUUCUUGAUUCUCAAUACUGUUAGAUCGGAAUGACCAUGCAAACCACUAUGCCCUCAGUUCCUAGUGCUCAAGUGGUUGGGAAUGCUUUUGUUGAGCAGUACUACCAUAUUCUUCAUCACUCUCCUGAGAUGGUUCAUCGGUUUUACCUGGACACAAGUGCAUUAAGUCGCCCAGAGUCUGAUGGUGUCUUGACGACUGUUACUACUAUGAAAGGUAUCAAUGAUAAGAUAUGUUCCUUCGACUACAAGAACUACAAGGCAGAAAUAAAGACUGCUGAUGCUCAGGAUUCUUACAAGGAUGGAGUGAUUGUGCUUGUAACUGGGUGCUUGACUGGAAAGGACAAUCUGAAAAAGAAAUUCACACAAACAUUUUUCCUUGCUCCUCAGGACAAAGGAUAUUAUGUUUUGAAUGAUGUCUUUAGGUAUAUUUGUGAGAUUGAAUCAGACACCAGUGUUGGUGAAAUUAUUGGAGUUGAUGACACAUCACAAUCAAAUUCCCUGACUCCGGAUCCAGAGCCCACUCAAGUGUUGGAUCCUCCCAACCUGAACCAGGCAACUUCUCAAACAGAGGGUGUUGAAAUUGUUGAGGAGAAAGCUGAUGACCAAGUGAAUGAUGAGAUGCAAGUUAGUAAUGAUGUUGAUAUUCCGGUGGUAGUUGAAUCUCAUUUAGAGAAGAAUCACAUAUCCACAAUUGCAGAAUCAGCUAUGUCAUCUUCCUCCCAAGAGAAUGCUCCAAAGAAGUCAUAUGCUUCAAUUAUAAUUUCACAAUCGAAGAAGGGGCCAACCAAAGUUUAUGUGCCUGCUAAUACGUUGAGAGUGGCUCCUAUAAUAACUGAAAAACAAUCAAUUAAUUCAGUUGCGCCUGCUUCAAGCCCUGAACCAUCAAACCUAACUGCACCUGUUAAUGAGCCAGAAAGCCAUGAUACCGAGGAUGAAGUUGAGGGUCACUCCAUUUAUAUCCGCAAUUUGCCUCUAUAUAUAACGGUUGCUCAGCUUGAGUCAGAAUUCAAGAAAUUUGGACCUAUUAAGAAAAUUGGGGUCCAAGUCAGAAGAAAGAAGCAACAAGGAUUCUGUUUUGGUUUUGUUGAAUUUCAAGAGUUCAGCUCCAUGCAAAGGGCAAUUCAGAUUAAUAAGUCGGAUUACAAGUUGUUCAAGAGGGAAGGAUGUAAGCACUACCACACUCUUGGGGAGAUAUUCAGCGGGACUACAGCUAUUGAAGCAUUAGGCAGUGCCUCCACCCAGCUUCUAAACACAUCAGAGGAAGAAAGGCAGCUAGAAGAUGAUUUUUUGAAUAGAGGAGUACAUGUGACUGCGGAAAAUGAUGAUGAAGUCAAUGUGGUUUCAAAUACUCGUCCACAUAACAAAAUUGGUACAUCGGGUGAACAACGACGUAAGGAACCUAAGGUCAGUAAAAGUGAUAAACUCAAGGCCUGUAUGGCUCAGUGGUCAUCUACAGUUAGUUUGAGGAAUGAAGAAACUGAACCUAGAACACUUUACCUAAAAGAGAAGUUUGCAAAGAUCCAAGGAAAAGGUAGUUGUCAAUCAGAUAAUGAAGUUACUAGUCCAGAUCCUUAUUCAAAUGUUACUUGCUUGGACAUUUUAAACAAUAUGGAAGGGGUGUCCAAUGAGGUUUACAUGAAAGCAAUAAAGGCUUUUAAGGAUCCCGAUUUCAGGGUGUCAUUUGUGAAGAUGCCGGUAGCAAGGAGAGGAUCUAUCUUGGAACUACUUUGAUGUGACUGUUGUUUUAAUAUGUGAUUAUUGUUACGUUGAAGUACCAUGUUAAACUCGAGGCUUGAAGUACGCUUUUUUUCCCCCAUUUUGUGGUGAUGUUGUACUGUUUUAAUUUACAAACAUUGUGAUGUUGUUGGUUGGAGAACUGAUGUUGAUUUGUCCUCACUUUUUUAAUGUUUGAUUGCUUGUUUUAUUGAAUUAA